GCCGGACAUAUGUAUCUAGGGCUUUCUGGUACUUGUAGUUCUCCUGUAUACAUAAUAUUACUGACUGUACUCUGGAACUUGUAAUUCCUUAGCUGAUAUAGAAUCAUUGGUUGUAUUCUGGGACUUAUAGUUCCCCUGCAAGUGAAGAAUCACUGGCUGUCUCCUGGGACUUGUAGUUCUCUUGCAGACAUAGAAUCGCUGGUUACUUCCUGUAGUUUUCCUUCAUAUAUAGUACAGUUAGGUAUCUCCUGGGACUUGUAGUUCUCCUGCAGGCGUUAUCACUGAUAGCAUUUGGUAUCGGAACUUAUGGUUCUCGAUACCAGUGGUCUCCAACCUGCGGACCUCCAGAUGUUGCAAAACUACAACUCCCAGCAUGCCCAGUUUUUUAGUUGCCUCCUGGGACUUGUAGUUCUCCUUUACGCAUGGUUCUGUCAGUUGCCUUCUGGGAUUUGUAGUUCAAUUUGUUGCAAAGUCAUGGUAUUUGCCUCCUGGGACUUGUAGUUCUCCUAGUUAUGUAGUUCUGCUAAUUGCAUCCUGGGACUUGUAGUUCUCCUCUCUGUACAGUGUUGCUAGUUUUCUUCUGGGACUUGUAGUUAUACUUCAUGCAUAGUUCUUUUAGUUGCCUCCUGGGACUUGUAGUUCUCCUAUAAACACUUCUUUUAGUUGCCACCUGGGACUUGUAGUUCUGUUAGUUGCCUUCUGGAACUUGUAGUUCCCUUUGUUGCAUAGUCAUGUUAUUGGCCUCCUGGGACUUGUAGUUCUCAUUGAUACAUAGUUCUGCUAAUUGCAUCCUGGGACUUGUAGUUCUCCUCUCUGCAUAGUGUUGCCAGUUUUCUUCUGGGACUUGUAGUUCUCCUUCAAACACAGUUCUUUUAGUUGCCUUCUAGGACUUGUAGUUCUCCUUUAUGCAUGGUUCUGUUCGUUGCCUUCUGGGAUUUGUAGUUCAAUUUGUUGCAUAGCCAUGUUAUUUGCCUCCUGGGACUUGUAGUUCUCCUUUAUGCAUGGUUCUGUUAGUUGCCUUCUGGGACUUGUAGGUCAAUUUGUUGCAAAGCCAUGUUAUUUGCCUCCUGGGACUUGUACUUCUCCUAGAUACUUAGUUCUGCUAAUUGCAUCCUGGGACUUGUAGUUCUCCUCUCUGCAUAGUGUUGCUAGUUUUCUUCUGGGACUUGUAGUUAUACUUCAUACAUAGUUAUUUUAGUUGCCUCCUGGGACUUGUAGUUCUCCUUCAUAGUUCUUUUAGUUGCCUUCUAGGACUUGUAGUUCUCCUUCACGCAUGCUUCUGUUCGUUGCCUUCUGGGAUUUGUAGUUCAAUUUGUUGCAUAGUCAUGUUAGUUGCCUCCUGAGACUUGUAGUUCUCCUUCAAUCAUAGUUCUGUUAGUUGCCUCCUGGGACUUGUAGUUCUCCUUUAUGCAUGAUUCUGUUAGUUGCCUUCUGGGACUUGUAGUUCACUUUUUUGCAUAGCCAUGUUAUUUGCCUCCUGGGACUUGUAGUUCUCCUAGAUGCGUAGUUCUGCUAAUUACAUCCUGGGACUUGUAGUUCUCCUCUCUGCCUAGUGUUGCUAGUUUUCUUCUGGGACUUGUAGUUAUACUUCAUGCAUAGUUAUUUUAGUUGCCUCCUUGGACUUGUAGUUCAUUUGUUGCAUAGUCAUGCUAUUUGCCUCCUGGGACUUGUAGUUCUCCUUUAUGCAUGGUUCUGUUAGUUGCCUCCUGGGACUUGUAGUUCUCCUUCAAACAUAGUUCUGUUUGUUGCCUCCUGGGACUUGUAGUUCACUUUGUUGCAUAGCCAUGUUAUUUGCCUCCUGGGACUUGUCGUUCUCCUAGAUACGUAGUUCUGCUAUUUGCAUCCUGGGACUUGUAGUUCUCUUCUCUGCAUAGUGUUGCUAGUUUUCUUCUGGGACUUGUAGUUCUCCUUCAAACAUAGUUCUUUUAGUUGCCUCCUGGGACUUGUAGUUCUCCUUUAUAGUUCUUUUAGUUGCCUUCUAGGACUUGUAGUUCUCCUUCAUGCAUGGUUCCGUUCGUUUCCUUCUGGGAUCUGUAGUUAAAUUCGUUGCAUAGUCAUGCUAUUUGCCUCCUGGGACUUGUAGUUCUCCUUCAAACAUAGUUCUGUUAGUUGCCUCCUGGGACUUGUAGUUCUCCGUUAUGCAUGGUUCUGUUAGUUGCCUCCUGGGACUUGUAGUUCUCCUUCAAACAUAGUUCUGUUAGUUGCCUCCUGGGACUUGUAGUUCACUUUGUUGCAUAGCCAUGUUAUUUGCCUCCUGGGACUUGUCGUUCUCCUAGCUACGUAGUUCUGCUAUUUGCAUCCUGGGACUUGUAGUUCUCUCUGCAUAGUGUUGCUAGUUUUCUUCUGGGACUUGUAGUUCUCCUUCAAACAUAGUUCUUUUAGUUGCCUCCUGGGACUUGUAGUUCUCCUUUAUAGUUCUUUUAGUUGCCUUCUAGGACUUGUAGUUCUCCUUCAUGCAUGGUUCCGUUCGUUGCCUUCUGGGAUCUGUAGUUAAAUUCGUUGCAUAGUCAUGCUAUUUGCCUCCUGGGACUUGUAGUUCUCCUUCACACAUAGUUCUGUUACUUGCCUCCUGUGACUUGUAGUUCUCCGUUAUGCAUGGUUCUGUUAGUUGCCUCCUGGGACUUGUAGUUCACUUUGUUGCAUAGCCAUGUUAUUUGCCUCCUGGGACUUGUCGUUCUCCUAGCUACGUAGUUCUGCUAUUUGCAUCCUGGGACUUGUAGUUCUCCUCUCUGCAUAGUGUUGCUAGUUUUCUUCUGGGACUUGUAGUUCUCCUUCAAACAUAGUUCUUUUAGUUGCCUCCUGGGACUUGUAGUUCUCCUUCACGCAUGGUUCUGUUCGUUGCCUUCUGGGAUCUGUAGUUAAAUUUGUUGCAUAGUCAUGCUAUUUGCCUCCUGGGACUUGUAGUUCUCCUUCACACAUAGUUCUGUUACUUGCCUCCUGGGACUUGUAGUUCUCCGUUAUGCAUGGUUCUGUUAGUUGCCUCCUGGGACUUGUAGUUCACUUUGUUGCAUAGCCAUGUUAUUUGCCUCCUGGGACUUGUCGUUCUCCUAGCUACGUAGUUCUGCUAUUUGCAUCCUGGGACUUGUAGUUCUCCUCUCUGCAUAGUGUUGCUAGUUUUCUUCUGGGACUUGUAGUUCUCCUUCAAACAUAGUUCUUUUAGUUGCCUUCUGGGACUUGUAGUUCUCCUUUAUAGUUCUUUUAGUUGCCUUCUAGGACUUGUAGUUCUCCUUCUCGCAUGGUUCUGUUCGUUGCCUUCCGGGAUCUGUAGUUAAAUUCGUUGCAUAGUCAUGCUAUUUGCCUCCUGGGACUUGUAGUUCUCCUUCAAACAUAGUUCUGUUAGUUGCCUCCUGGGACUUGUAGUUCUCCGUUAUGCAUGGUUCUGUUAGUUGCCUCCUGGGACUUGUAGUUCUCCUUCAAACAUAGUUCUGUUAGUUGCCUUCUGGAACUUGUAGUUCACUUUGUUGCAUAGCCAUGUUAUUUGCCUCCUGGGACUUGUAGUUCUCCUUCAAACAUAGUUCUUUUAGUUGCCUCCUGGGACUAGUAGUUCUCCUUUAUAGUUCUUUUAGUUGCCUUCUAGGACUUGUAGUUCUCCUUCACGCAUGGUUCCGUUCGUUGCCUUCUGGGAUCUGUAGUUAAAUUCGUUGCAUAGUCAUGCUAUUUGCCUCCUGGGACUUGUAGUUCUCCGGCAGACACUGUGUCUCUGUCCUAUGCAGGUCUGCAUGCAUGUCUCCUGGGUGAGCCCCAACCCCCUCCCUCUGCAGCAGGGACCUGACAGCUCAUUGAGGAGACAAUGUGGAGAUAAUGACACAUGAAGGAGACUGGGAAGAAAACAAGAGCACGUUUAGCUGCAUCCUGGAGCUCCUGCCCAUCUGCCAGGCGCCUGCCAAUGAGAGGCAGAGGAGGGUGAGAGGAGCUGCCAGGGCUGGGGCAGGAGGCUGAGAGCACAGUUCAGCACCAGCAGCUGUAGACAGCGCACACAGCCCAGCUGGGCAGGGGAUGGCCUGCCUGAGUGCUGCCUUUAGUGUGCCCUCCACCAUGAAUUCCACCAUCCCUGCCGCCGCCAUGUCAGACCCGAAGUCGGUGUGCGUGUCCCUGGAUGAAGUGGUCUCCAGCUGUGCUGGGAGUCAGGACACCCCUCUGCUUAAUGGACACUUAAAAAAAAUAGAUAACAACCUGACGGAGGCGCAACGCUUCUCCUCGCUGCCCCGGAGGCCGGCGGUCAACAUCGAAUUUAAGGAUCUCUCCUUCUCUAUCCCUGAAGGGCCGUGGUGGAAAAAGAAAGGUUAUAAAACUCUGCUGAAAGGAAUAUCUGGGAAAUUCUGCUGCGGAGAACUUGUAGCCAUAAUGGGACCUUCUGGGGCUGGAAAGUCGACCCUGAUGAACAUUCUGGCAGGAUACAGAGAGACCGGCAUGAAGGGAGAGGUCCUCAUAAAUGCCCAGCCUCGCGACUUGAGGACCUUCCGUAAAGUGUCCUGUUACAUCAUGCAGGAUGACAUGUUGUUGCCCCAUCUGACCGUCCAGGAGGCCAUGAUGGUCUCUGCUAACUUGAAGCUGCAAGAGAAAGACGAGGGACGACGGGAAAUGGUAAAGGAAAUCCUGACAGCGCUGGGGUUGUUGCCGUGUGCAGACACCAGGACAGGGUGCCUCUCCGGGGGUCAGAGGAAACGUUUGGCCAUCGCCCUAGAACUGGUGAACAAUCCUCCUGUGAUGUUCUUCGAUGAACCCACCAGUGGACUGGACAGUUCCUCGUGUUUUCAGGUUGUCUCCCUAAUGAAAUCGUUGGCUCAAGGCGGCCGGACUAUAAUCUGCACCAUUCACCAGCCCAGUGCCAAGCUGUUUGAGCUCUUUGAUCAUCUUUAUGUAUUAAGCCAAGGACAAUGCAUCUACCGUGGGAAAGUGUCAAAUCUCGUUCCGUACUUGCGGGUUCUAGGAUUAAACUGCCCGACCUAUCACAACCCGGCAGACUUCAUAAUGGAGGUGGCUUCUGGAGAGUACGGAGACCAGAAUCCACGACUUGUCAGAGCUGUUCAGGAGAUCUGUGGGACUGACCAGAAAAGGGACCAUUGUGGGGAGACUGAGCCCAACCCAUUCCUGUGGCACAAACAAUCUGAUGAGGACUCGUCGCCCACAGAGGGGUGUCACAGCUUCUCUGCCAGCUGCCUUACCCAGUUCUGUAUCCUGUUCAAGAGGACGUGUCUCAGCAUCAUGAGGGACUCUGUGCUGACUCACUUACGUAUCAUGUCCCACAUUGGAAUCGGGCUCCUCAUAGGAUUACUCUACCUGGGGAUCGGGAACGAGGCCAAGAAGGUCCUGAGUAACUCCGGCUUCCUCUUCUUCUCCAUGCUCUUCCUGAUGUUCGCAGCUCUCAUGCCAACAGUCCUCACCUUUCCUCUGGAGAUGGGAGUAUUCCUUAGAGAACAUCUCAACUACUGGUACAGUCUGAAGGCGUACUACUUAGCCAAGACCAUGGCCGACGUCCCGUUCCAGAUCAUGUUCCCGGUGGCGUACUGCAGCAUCGUGUACUGGAUGACGUCGCAGCCGUCGGACGCCGUCAGAUUCGUCUUGUUCUCGGCUCUGGGGACGAUGACCUCCCUGGUGGCUCAAUCCUUGGGGCUUCUGAUCGGGGCAGCAUCGACCUCCUUACAGGUGGCGACCUUCGUGGGUCCGGUUACAGCGAUUCCUGUUCUGCUGUUCUCCGGAUUCUUUGUCAGCUUUGACACUAUUCCCAGCUACCUUCAGUGGAUGUCCUACAUGUCGUAUGUCAGAUACGGAUUCGAGGGAGUCAUUUUGUCUAUUUACGGCAUGGACAGAGAAGACCUGUACUGCGACAAAGAUGAAACCUGCCACUUCCAGAAGUCGGAAGCCAUAUUGAAAGAACUUGACGUGGAGAACGCCAAGCUGUACUUAGACUUUAUCAUCCUGGGGGUCUUCUUCGUCUCUCUGCGCCUCAUAGCCUAUUUCGUACUACGAUACAAAAUCCGGGCAGAGAGGUAAAAAGACCGGGCUGAGAAGAAAGGUUAGUUAGACUGAAACAAUACAUAGAAGAAUUCCACAGAAGAUCAUCAUUGUACUGCUCUACCAAGUCUUGGGAAAUGCCACCAGAUCCAACUUUGCCGAACCUCGUUGGGUUGGUCGACUUUUUCGGGGUGAUCUUCUCAAGUACUGUGGAGAUUUCUUUAUUUUUUCCCCCCCUUCGCGCCAUUGUUGAAAUAUAAACUUUCUAGAUUUAACUAGGAAGAAAAUGAAGGGAAACCUAGAAGGUCGAGAGUUGACUACUCAGUAUUCCAUUGAGGAUAAGGAAGGACAAACGUCUUCAACCUUGGUCUAGUAUUGACAAAGAAUGUCCUUGCAGCUAAUGACUGCGAUACAGAGGGGUAUCUUGUUACUAGGAUUAUCCAAGGUUGAUAUAUAUAUUUUUUUGGAUUCCUUAAGACAUCAGCGUCUUGGAUGUUCUAGAUCUUCCCAAAAGCUACAACAGACUUUGACAAUCCCACUCUUACCAAUGUAACGGAACCUGUCACCAGAUCUGUCUGGCAUCUCAAAGGUACCACAGUACGGUUGACCACGUGGGUAUGAUUCCAGGGAUCAAGUCCUGGAAAAAAGUGUGGGAACUUACCCAAGAUUUCCACUCAAGGGCCGGUCCUGCAGGACUCCUGCUAAUGGGAACAGUGUUCCUGCUGUGAAAAAAGUGCAGGAACUCCGUUUUUGUGCAUUCCUGCAGGACUUAAGUCCUAUAUGUUUCCCCAAAUGGAUAUUGAAAUGAAACAUGCUUGGUUUCCAGUGACAUCCCAAUGGGGUUUCUGCUCCCAAGGGUUGGGGAGAUGUUGACCUUUAGGCCCUUUUGGUGCCGAUCUCUAAAUUUCGUAGAGUCACAUUGACAUGUCAAGUCAUGCUUCAGUUUCAUACCGUUUGGGGAGUGGUGUCUAAUUUGACACGGCUGCACCCAUUUAGGUGCCAUGAUUGAAAGGGGGCAGAUUCCCUUUAGCACUGUUUUCCUAGAGCUGGUCUCAGAAGUAUUCUCGAAGGACAGAAGUAUAUAUCUCAAUGUAUCUUUAAUAGUAUGACCGUACCCAUGACUGGGCUAGGGUCCGAAUGUAGUCCAGAGAUGGUUUCAAUGGAGUCGAUUGAUUGUACGGUAAUGAGAAAAACACUCACAAAAAAAAAAACAUUUACCAAAAACAUUGACCUAUCGGUUUGUAAUGUUAACUUGUCUUUAGGCAUGUCAACGCAUGGGGUCAGGAAGAGGACAUCAAACUGCAUUUCCUUCAAGCUGAUAUUUUUUAUUCUGCAGGGGGGGGGGGGGUCAUUUUGGGUGGGUGAAGGGCACUUCAGGACCUGUCCCUCUCUGCAUGAACAUUAGUUGUAGUGUUGACCUGGCGUGGGGGGUUCAAAGGAUGUUUGGUCUAAACCACUGGUCCCAAACCCAGUCCUCAAGGCCCACUAAUAUUCUGUUUUUAUUUUUCAAGUACUCUAUUGAAUUCAAACCCUGGACUGUUGGUGGGCCUUGGUCGGGGUUGGGACCACUGGUCUAAGCGACACUGGUCUGACCCCAUUGUUCAAUAUGAGGUUGAAGGCCAUCUUUUCAUCUACGAGCAUGAUGAUGUCCUCAAGGCCCACCAACAUUAUGAGUUUUUUAGCUACUCUAUUGAAUUAAAGUCCUGGACUGCUAUUGGCGGGCAUUGAGGACUGAGGUUGGGGACCACUGGUCUAAGUGACUAACCCCAUUGUUGAGUUUGAGGUGGGAGUCCAUUUUUUCAUCUACGAGCAUGAUGAUGUCCUCAAGGCCCACCAACAUUAUGAGUACUCUAUUGAAUUCAAGUACUGGACUGCUAUUGGCGGGCAUUGAGGACUGAGGUUGGGGACCACUGGUCUAAGUGACUAACCCCAUUGUUCAGUUUGAGGUUGGAGUCCAUCUUUUCAUUUAAGAGCAUGAUAAUGUCCUCAAGGCCCACCAACAUUAUGAGUACUCUAUUGAAUUCAAGUCCUGGACUGCUAUUGGCGGGCAUUGAGGACUGAGGUUGGGGACCACUGGUCUAAGUGACUAACCCCAUUGUUCAGUUUGAGAUUGGAGUCCAUCUUUUCAUUUACGAGCAUGAUAAUGUCCUCAAGGCCCACCAACAUUAUGAGUACUCCAUUGAAUUCAAGUCCUGGACUGCUGUUGGCGGGCAUUGAGGACUGAGGUUGGGGACCACUGGUCUAAGUGACUAACCCCAUUGUUCAGUUUGAGGUGGGAGUCCAUGUUUUCCUCUACGAACAUUACAAUGUCCUUAGGUCUACUGUUUCUUUGUACUGUAUUUUUUUUCCCGAACAUGGAAAAAGGGAAUUAAGAAAAAUCUCUAUUGUUUUCAGAAACGUUUACACUUUGAUUUACCUAAGAACAAAAAAAAAAAACUAAGAAACAAACAUCAGGGCAAAAUAAGGCACCUCAAUCCUCCCGAUCUCUUGGGACAAAUUUAAUUUUAACAAAAAUCUGAUUAAUACGGCUGGAGGUGAUAGGAAAACAUCACCACUUGAGGACUACCAACCAUCAUUGCCCAUAAUCUCAGUUUCACUUUCAGUUUAGGACCCUAGCAACUGCUUUCAAACGGUUGUCAGGUAAUGUAGGCAUAGCAACCAGAUAAAGCAUGGAUUAUUAAUCAGAUUUUUUCUAAAAUAAAGAAAUAAAUGAAUAAUAAUGAAUGUGGAUGGAAAAAAGGCAGCAAAAAGUAACUUGUACCUACAGAAUUAAGGCAUCUGUUCUGUAGGAAAGUGGUCUCCAAACUGUGGCCCUCCAGCUGUUGCAAAACUACAACUCCCAGCAUGCCUGGACAGCCAACGGCUGUCCGGGCAUGCUGGGAGUUGUAGUUUUACCACAGUAUGGAGACCACUACUGUAGAAUGACACAAAACUAUAUCGACUGUCGAGUAGCCCCCUCCCCAUAAAACUCCCUGUAGACUCUUUCUGAAGUCCCCCAUACGCACCCAAACAUGCUGGUAUUUUUUUUUAAUUAUUUUUAUUUUUUUGCUUCUGCUCUCUGGGUUUCUCCACUAUAUGCACACAAACUACCUCAAUAAUAUGCACAAGAACGUUGACAUUUUUUACUUUGCCGAAAUUCGCGACGCAGAACCGUUCCGUAGCGGAAUGUAUGUAGAACGCUACCCUGCAUGUAUAUAUAUAAAGCACCUUUACCGCCAUCGAUGCCCUACGGGGGCUCAUGUGUCUAGCCAAUCAGGAAAUGGCAAGCUUGAAACGCGCCUCCCAUAUUUAGCAACACAUUGCGCCCUUUUUUUUUACCUCCUCGAAUGCAAGUGUACAUACAUUACAUGUAGGACAGUGUUUCCCAAACUAGUGCGUCUCCAGCUGUUGCAAAACUACAACUCCCUGCAUGCCCGGACAGCCGCUGGCUGUCCGGGCAUGGUGGGAUUUGUAGUUUUGCAACAGCUGGAGGCACACUGGUUGGGAAACGCUGCAAUAGUUAGUAUUGAACCCUGAUACCAUAUUGUCUCUGCCUGACCUUACUAUAUCCUUCUCCAUAUUUUAUCCUUCCUGUCAUGUUUCUAUAGACUUAAGUUUGUUGUUUCCCAUAGCAACCAUAUCCCUACCACACCAUAGCAACCGUAUCUUCAAUACCAUGAAUAAAGGGAAUAUAAUAAAUAUAUGGUUGCUAUGAUGUGGUAGGGUUAUGGUUGCUAUGGGAAAUGCCAAAGUAAAGUCUAUAGAAACAAAGUAAGAUCAGAAAGAGACGAUCAAGUAUCAGGGUUCCAUACCAACUAGAGCAGUGUUUGCCAACCAUUGUGCCUCCAGC